AUGGGCGCGACGACGACUGCACCAACGGUGCUGCUCCAAGACGUCGCGCCCGCGGCCCACAACCCACCACCAACGAUCAAGGUGAGCGAAGCAAAUGUGGACGUGCCGAUCGAAGGCGCCUCCUCCGUACAACGACCGCGCCCGCGGCAGCACGCGACGACGGCUCGACGCACCGAUGCUUGGUCGCCCGACCACCGCCGCAUCGACAAGGCACUCGCGUCCGGUGCAGCUCGACACCCGACCGCCGCCUUGAACCCCGUCGACGGCAGCGGCCAUGCCACGGCGGGCUACGUCGCGUGCGUGUCGGUCAAGGCGCUCUCUCAAGGCGACCGAGGCUGCACGCGCGGCUCGCCACGCGUGCUUGACGACGGUCGAGACAAGAAGAUGUCCAAGGAGGACGAAGACGUCGUGCUGACGCUCUUGACGAAGCUCACCAAGAUGAAGAUCUCGGUCGACACCCUCGACGUCUCGACGGCGCUCAAGGCCAUGGUCGAAGUCUCUCUCCGCGACGUUGGCAGCCUUCUCCCCAAGGACACCCACGACCUCGUCGUGCUGCCGUACAACGAGGCGCGCGCGCAAAUGGUGCUGCCGAUCGACCUCCCGACUCUUCCUCUUGGCCACUGCGCUGCGUUCGUCGGGCAAGGGAAGCUGGAGCUCGCUCCGGGUAUCGACCCGACGCGGUUCAUCGCGAUUGGCGGCGUCCAACUCGACAUCCUCCUUGCGGGGAAGCAUCGCCUCAAGAAGUGGAAGCGCGACGUCCAGAAACUGCUCGAGGCCUCCGCAGCGAUCCCGGUCGACCCGCCUCGCCUUGGCCAGCCGACAACGCCCCAGCGCAUCGUUGGCAACCCGUACAUCAUGGCGUCUCCGUCACCCCGGCGCAUUGGCGGGCGCCUCAUGACGUCACCGUCUGCCCGAAGCUUGCCGUCGCGAUCACCGCAACUGAUCGAGUUCAUUCUGCCGCCGUCGCCGGUGUCGUCGCCCGCCAACACGAAGGCCGGCGCGCGUCUCCAGGCGGUGGUGGAGCUCGACCCGAUCGAGGCGAUGAAGACGGCGUUCAACGACGCCAAGACGCCCAAGACGCUCAAGACGCAGAAAUCGUCGACCCAGACACGCCAUUUCUUCUUCCAAGUGCUUUUGUCCAAGGCGUUCAAGCUCUCGUCCAAGAUGUCCACCAAGGAAACGUACAAGAAGCAUUUUACCGCGCUUCUCGUCGCCGAAGCCCAAGCCGCGAUCAUCGCUGGGUACCAUAAUUAG